AUGUCGUCGAUCAAGGUGAAGUUAGGAGUUCAUAGACAACGAGUGUUGAUGUUCGUUUCAUUGUUUGUCAUGGGUUUAUUGUGGUUUACAUUUUCGAAUAGUCAGCUACCGAUUGACGGGGCUCCAAGUGGUUUAAUUGGGGAUUUUGCUAAAGUUGGUAGCAAGUCAGAGAAUACAGAGGAUCGUACAAUCAUGCCAAAAAUGCCAGACCAAGAGGCUAAAGCAGCAUUAGGGAGGGCUUCUUGGAAGUAUUUCCAUACGCUCCUAGCACGUUUCCCUGACGAGCCAACAGAGCAGGAGAAAACUAAGCUCCGUGAGUUUUUGUAUCUCUAUGCAGAGUUGUAUCCAUGUGGGGAGUGUUCCUACCAUUUUGUAAAAAUGUUGAAGAAACACCCACCUCAAGUAUCCAGUAGAACUACAGUGGCGUUAUGGGGGUGUCACAUUCAUAAUAUGGUAAAUGAAUAUCUCAAGAAACCAAUUUACGACUGCAACACAAUCUUGGAGGAUUACGAUUGCGGGUGCAGCGAUGCCAACGGUAACAUCGACCCAGCUUUAAACAUGAAUAAAGUUACAUUUGAGAAAGAGGACAAACAGUUGGGCUGA